AUGCAAAUUAUGAUGAUGAUGAUGAUGAUGAUGACGACAAUCAUAACGACAGAUAAUUCUUUAGUCAAUGUUAGUUCAGGCGAAGAAAAUCGAAAUAAAUCAUCUCCUGCUUGCUACCAACAGGCUCAGAAAAAUUUAAUUUCCUUUCAAGUAAAGAAUCCAAUUUCAAGGUCUGAGAAAUUAUGCUUGAGUAGGGUUUUGUCUCAAAUUGGAAUGAAAGAAACAGAGUGA